GACAGUUUCUAAUUUACACAAUAAGUGAUCUCCUAAUUUUACCUAAGCUUGAGCCUUUUGGCGCAUAGGCCGGCAGUAGUCGCGCUUUUUCGUUGCCUAAUCCCGGCCUUUUAGAACACUUCUUGAUGAUGGAUAUCUCCGUUCUCCUCCUUUAAGAACAGUUUCCAGCUUAUCUCUGAACGCUGGCAAUUUGGUAAACAAUAUCCCUCCAGAAAUAUUCACGAUCUUUUAAACAAUUUCGGGGAUGCCAUUGAUCUUGCAAAGAUGGAUUACAGAGUCGUCUGUUAAAACACGCGGUCUAAUAUAUUAGCUCAAUUCUAAGUAUUUUUCUUCACGUCCAAGAACAGGAUUUCCCUUGAUUAAAACAUCUCGAACUUGAGCAAGACAAUGGCUGGUGAUGGUGAUGUUGCUAGAGAUGAUGAAACAAGCUUCAAGCCCCUUGGAAGGUGCUCUGUCGUCUAUUAUGGUGUGGGGCAUAUGCUCAAUGACAUUACAUCAGCCUGUUGGUUCACAUAUCUCUUAGUUUUCUUGACAGAUAUUGGACUGUCCCCGAGUGAUGCUGCUAUAGUCAUGCUUUCAGGACAGAUGGCUGAUGGAUUCACAACCAUUGUUGCAGGUGAACUGAUAGACAGAUUUGGACAUUUUAAGAUCUGGCACGGUGCGGGAUCUGCCUUGGUUGCUGUUUCAUUUUCUUCAGUCUUUGGUGGCUGUUUGCCUUGCAAAAUAUUUGGCUCCAAUUCAUCUACUCUGCAAACUAUUGGAUAUAGUGUGUUUGCAGCAAUCUUCAAUGUAGGCUGGGCAGCUACUCAAGUGUCACACAUGUCAAUGGUGAAUUGCAUCACGCUGAAUUCUACGAGCAGAGUAGUCUUGACUAGCUGCCGCAAUGCUUUUACCAUGGUCGCCAACCUUAGCCUAUAUGCAGUUGCUUUUGUGGUAUUUAAGAUCAGCUCAUCAGUGACUGUUAUCGAUGUUGAGAAUCAGUAUCGCUGGAUAGCAUAUUUGUCAAUCUUCAUUGGAUGCUGUUUUGUGUGUGUAUUUCAUCUUGGGACUCGAGAGCCAAGAUUGAAGAAAGAAGCUCAUGCAAAAAGUUAUGCUAGAAUUUCAUGGGCUUACUGGUUUAAGAAAAUUCUGUACCACCAAGUUGCACUUGUUUAUGUACUCACUAGACUAGUGACAAAUGUUUCACAGACAUUUCUUGCUUUCUACGUCAUCAAUGAUCUGCAAAUGGCACAGUCAUCAAAAGCUUUGGUUCCUGCAAUCAUCUAUAUCUGCAGCUUCAUUGUAUCGAUCUUCCUACAGGAGAUUGGGUGGACCGGUCGACGGUUAAAGGCUUUCUAUUCUGUUGGAGGACUUCUAUGGAUAAUUUGUGGUUUGGGAAUAUUCUUCCUGCCAAGAAGCAUGAAUUCUAUAGUAUAUGCUUUGUCGGUAGUGAUUGGAGCAGCAAAUUCAUUGAUGAUGGUGACUGCAGUAAGCAUGCAGAGUUUUCUAGUUGGUAGAGAUCUCAAUGGCUGUGCCUUCGUUUAUGGGUCGUUGAGCUUUCUCGACAAAAUAUCAUGUGGGUUGGCAUUGUGUGCUCUCGAGUCUUACCAGAGUUCUACUCCAGGGCUGCAGUACUGCAGUCCAUUAUAUUUUUGUUUUUCUGUGACAAGAUUUGGAUUAGGUCUUGUUCCAGCCAUUUGUGCACUUGUUGGGGUGCUGGUGACAUUCAGCAUGGAGCUCCAUGCACCAGCUUUAAAUCCUUCACUGGAACCUUUACUGGCAUAGGUUAGAAGAAUGAAUCAUACUACUUUUAUUUCAAUGUUGAAUCUACAUCUGUAUUCUUCUCUUUCGUCUGUUGUAUUUGUUCCUCUUUUGCAGUCUCUAGUUAGCAUCACGAAAGAAAAAUAAUAGCCUUGAAAAUAUUUUAAACAAAUUAAAUCUUGCUCUUGACAAACUUAGGAGAGUUACAUGAUUUCCUUUUUGUUAUUUGGUUCAAUUCAUCCUAUCCAAUGUAAUUAGACAAUUUUGCAACCAGGAUAGGCUUUCUAUCUUGUUGGGAA